CAUCCUCACAGGCUCUGGCUUGAUCACACAGCAAGCCACUCGAUCACUGGAGCACAUUCCUUCCUUGCUUGCUUCUUAACUGGCUCGGCCCUCACCUCUACAAACCCAUGGAGCAUUUCUGGAAAGACGCUCUUGAACCAGCAGGGUGGCCCGUCCGCUGCUGAGCCUUCUGCGUGCGCGGGGAGCCUGUCUGUGCCUGGCCCGCUGCAACUGACCAUGACCAUGACCCUCCACACCAAAGCCUCGGGAAUGGCCUUGCUGCAUCAGAUCCAAGGAAACGAGCUGGAGCCCCUCAACCGCCCGCAGCUCAAGAUGCCCCUGGAAAGGGCCCUGGGCGAGGUGUAUGUGGACGGCAGCAAGCCCGCAGUGUUCAACUACCCCGAGGGCGCCGCCUACGAGUUUAACGCUGCCGCCGCCGCCGCCGCUGUCUCGGCGCCGAUCUAUGGCCAGUCGGGCAUCGCCUAUGGCCCCGGGUCCGAGGCUGCCGCCUUCGGUGCCAACAGCCUGGGGGCUUUUCCCCAGCUCAACAGCGUGUCGCCAAGUCCGCUGAUGCUACUGCACCCGCCACCGCCGCAGUUGUCGCCCUUCCUGCACCCGCACGGCCAGCAGGUGCCCUACUACCUGGAGAAUGAGCCUAGCGCCUACGCCGCCGUGCGCGACCCUGGCCCUCCCGCCUUCUACAGGUCCAAUUCUGAUAAUCGACGCCAGAAUGGCCGAGAGAGACUGUCCAAUAAUGGCGAGAAAGGAGGCAUGGCCAUGGAGUCUACCAAGGAGACUCGCUACUGUGCCGUCUGCAAUGACUAUGCCUCUGGCUACCAUUACGGAGUCUGGUCCUGUGAAGGCUGCAAGGCUUUCUUCAAGAGAAGUAUUCAAGGACAUAAUGACUACAUGUGUCCAGCUACAAACCAGUGCACCAUUGACAAGAACAGGAGGAAGAGCUGCCAGGCCUGCCGACUGCGCAAGUGUUACGAAGUGGGCAUGAUGAAAGGCGGGAUACGGAAAGACCGGCGAGGAGGGCGGAUGCUGAAACACAAGCGCCAGAGAGAUGACUUGGAAGGCAGUAAUGGCAUGGGGUCUUCAGGAGACAUGCGGGCUGCCAACCUCUGGCCAAGCCCUCUUGUGAUUAAGCACACAAAGAAGAACAGCCCUGCCUUGUCCUUGACAGCUGACCAGAUGGUCAGCGCCUUGCUGGAUGCCGAACCGCCCUUGAUCUAUUCUGAGUACGAUCCUUCGAGACCUUUCAGCGAAGCCUCGAUGAUGGGCUUACUGACCAACCUGGCCGACAGGGAGCUGGUUCAUAUGAUCAACUGGGCAAAGAGAGUGCCAGGCUUUGGGGACUUAAAUCUCCAUGAUCAGGUCCACCUCCUCGAGUGUGCGUGGCUGGAGAUUCUGAUGAUUGGCCUCAUCUGGCGCUCCAUGGAACACCCAGGCAAGCUCCUGUUUGCUCCGAACUUGCUCCUGGACAGGAAUCAAGGUAAAUGUGUGGAGGGCAUGGUGGAGAUCUUUGACAUGCUGAUGGCUGCGUCAACUCGGUUCCGCAUGAUGAACCUGCAAGGAGAGGAGUUUGUGUGCCUCAAAUCUAUCAUUUUGCUUAAUUCUGGCAUGUACACAUUUCUGUCCAGCACCUUGAAGUCUCUGGAAGAGAAGGAUCACAUCCACCGCGUCCUGGAUAAGAUCACAGACACUUUGAUCCACCUGAUGGCCAAGGCUGGCCUGACUCUGCAGCAGCAGCAUCGUCGUCUGGCCCAGCUCCUGCUCAUUCUUUCCCACAUCCGGCACAUGAGUAACAAAGGCAUGGAGCAUCUCUACAACAUGAAAUGCAAGAACGUUGUACCCCUCUAUGACCUGCUGCUGGAGAUGUUGGAUGCUCACCGCCUACACGCCCCAGCCAGUCGCAUGGGGGUCUCCCCAGAAGAGCCCAGCCUGAGCCAGUUGGCCCCCACCAGCUCCACCUCAGCACAUUCCUUACAAACCUACUACAUCCCCCCCGAAGCAGAGAAUUUCCCCAACACGAUCUGAGAGCUCCCGGGCUCUCCCCCCAACCCCGCCCCAGGCUCUGAGAAUCCCUGCCACAUUUUACCCAUGUUGUCUAUCACUUAAGCAGAAUUCUGUCUCCUGCAUACACCCUGGCAUGCACCCAGUGGCUUUCUAGUGGCAGUGGCCGUUCAUUUGCUUGCUCAGUUCUUAGUGGCAUGUCUUCUGUUGGGAACAGCUGAAAGGGAUCCCCAGGGCUAAUUCUCGGUAACAGCUAUCUUUUCCCUUUUGCUACAUCACCGAGUCUGAAGAUUCUUGUAGUCUGAGACCGAAUUGAGAUAACUGCAUCGAAGCUUCUAGUUGAGACCCAAGCCUAGAGAGUAAACAUUUCACCUCUGAAAAAUGGCUCCAUUUCAUCUUUGGAAUGGCUCCAAGAGUAAGCCUCAGCAAAGACUUUGGAGUGGCUCUUUUAAUUGAAGCCUUGGGAAGAGCUAUCUCAUGGGUUCCUUAAUGUACCCUUUUAUUCCUAUAGUAAUGUUUGACUUAAUUAAAGGGAAGUCUUGAGCUCCUGUAGGAAUGCAAGACACAUGCAGGGAAGGGAGAUUCACCCAGUGGUUAAGACCCUGCCAACUUAAUGCACUACACCUUCUGACUUCUAAAAUGUCAACUGCGGAGCACUGUACCCAGGUCACGGGUUCUAGAUAAUUCUUACUUUCCCACAACAGUAGUCGGUUUUAGAUAACAUCAUGAUAUGAGGGCUAUAGGGUGUUUGGAUUUUAUUUUAUUUUCAUUUUAUAAUAGCCUUCUACCCCUGGGGCUUGCAGUAAAGGUGGCUUGGGUACCUGUUUUGGUGAAUCUAGCAUUCGUCAGCAGAGGAUGCUCUCCUUGUCUCCUCCCUGUGUGAAUUGCUCUGAAUUGUCCCCGUGCAGAGCAACCAAGGGCAAUUAAAAUGAACCUACACCCUGGCGAUAACUUUUGUUUUACUUAGUUUUAUUCUUGAGUGGGAGGGGGGUACAAAUAAUCAAUUACAAUGACUGUGACUCAGAAGGAGUCUGAAUAAGAAGGAAACUAACAAAGAAACUGGGAGAAAAGCAUAGAAAGACCUGGCCAUAGGCAGCAGUUUCCCGGGUUCCUGGGGUGUCCUUCACAUCCAUGCAUGAGAGGGCUGCCCGCCCUGGGAUCCACGGCUGGUUGCCUCUUCAUUUCAGAUAUGGGCCUGGUUGGAAGAGGCGACAAUUGAUAGUCCAGUGUUCCUGCAGUUUCUCCAGGAGCUUGGUGGAGGCAUGGGAGCAAGGUCUCGGAGCACUCACGACUCCAACUGCUGGGAUUGCUCAGACUAGAGUGUCCUUGAGUAUUCCGGAUUCAUCCAAAAGCCAGCUGGUAUGGUCUGAGGGAGAAAAAUCCCUCCCUCCCCACAGCUCAUGUUUUUAAACUUCAUAAGCCAGAGAAUGAAACCGGAACUGGGCCUGAGAGUCUUUUGACCAGGGGGAUAAAAAGACAGCCUUACCCUAGCCACAGCCACCCACAGCUCAUGCGGUGUUGGCCUCUCUAGUGAAACUAAGGAUUAUUUCCUUUUCUUAAUCAAAAUGAAAGUUUGGUUUCCUUCCCUGACUUCAUGAUCUAUCUUAAUUUGAACUCCAUUGAGAUGUGAUGUGUUCGCCAACAACCCAGGUGAAUGGCUAGGCUUCUCUUGGUCCUAUUUGGAAUGGUGGGUUCCAUUAAUUUCUGGCCUCCCAGUUAAGUAACUACCAAAGAACUGCGAAACUGGGAGGCCUAUUUUUUUUCUUCUUCUUCUUUUUUAUUUCUCAUAUUUGUGCAUCAAAUUUUGGGACAAUUUUAUCUAUCUGCUUUAAGAAUAUGUUAAAGAACAUAAUUCUUUUGUUUGUAUUUGUUUAAGAAGCACCUUAUAUAGUAUAAUAUAUAUUUUUUUGAAAUUGAAUUGCUUGUUUAUCAGACAAUUGAAUGUAAUAGUUCUGUUCUGAGUUUUAAUUUGACUGGGUUAAAUAUCGCAAAAAACAAGGGAAAAGUAUUUAGGUUUUGUUUGUAGACUGUUCAAGCUACCAUAUCAUGUAUGCAGUUACUAAUGCCUAAAGCCUGGUGGUUUUCAUUUAAAUGAAGAUCACAUUUCAUAUCAACUUUUGUAUCCACAGUAGACAAAAUAGCACUAAUCGGUAUGCCUAUUGUUGGAUGUUGAAUGAUAGACAAUCUUAUGUAGCAGAGAUUAUGCCUGAUAAGAAAAAUUAUUCAGGGCAGCUAAUUUUGCUUUUACCAAAAUAUCAGUAGUAAUAUUUUUGGACAGUAGCUAGUGGGUCAGUGGGUUCUUUUUAAUGUUUAUACUGAGAUUUUCUUUUACAAAAAUAAAAACAAAAAUAUUUAAAAAAAAAACUUCUAGGACUUUAGAUGAUGUAAUACCAGCUAAAUCCAAACAAUACUCCAGUGGAGGGUCUUGUAUUAUCCAUCUACUAUGUUUGUAUUCAUGUUAUGAUGAUACAUUUGAAAUGGGCAGAGAACAGCCAGACAGCUGAAGUGUUAGCCCACGACUUUCAGACUAUGUUUGGAAAUCUCUUUUACCCUUCUCUGAAGUGCCAAUUUUGAGCAGCUGAGAUUUCAGCUGCUGUCAUGUUGGGGCACUGGGGACAUGCCAGAGGGUCAGACCUGUCCUUUCCUCCCACAACGUAAUGUGGGCAAUGUAAACUUGGAAAGCCUCGAUCUAUGUAGAGCGUUGGGAUGAGGUGGGAUCAUAGAUCUAGGAAUUUGAAGAACAGAGGAAAUGGGGCUAGAGAAUGUGCCCCAGGUUUCAGAAUUUCACCUCUGCCUGUGCUGUAAGAAGGUAAUAACUAGGUCCAUUGGCAGCCCUUUCCAAAAUGGCGGCUUGAAUUCCGAGGAAGGGUGGCGACAGCAGUGAAAUCCAAAGAAUAAUGCAGCAAGAGUCUGCCUGAGUUUCUUCUAGCCAUCGCUUAGCUUGCCGAUUUGAUUCUGGUCAUCCAAAGAGAAGACCCUAUCAAUGUAGGUGACAAAAUCCAGUCCCCAAGGAAGUGCCAACUUUGAUAGAGUUCCCUGGUACCAUUACAGAUAUGUUUUUCCAUGACAUAUCUUUUGCCUUUGGAAGGACUGAAUAAGUAAGUUACUUAUUAAUAAUUUCCUUUUAAUCACGUUAUGGUGUCCACACUUUGAAGUCUUACACAUUGGUCAUUGAUUCCAGCCAUCGGUUUGGGGUUACCCAUAUAUCCCUGCGUGAAGUCAAUCACAAAUCCUUUCCUAUGCCUACUUUGCAAACUGAGAUGUACUGAGAAUGACCACCAGGACCAUAGUAAUGUCUGAUAUUGACAGUCAGAUCUGCUUGGGGAGCCUAAGUCUUUUCAAGGCAAAUAGAGUCAUACAGUAGCUCACGUGGCAACCAUGAUUCUCUUUGGUGCAAGUCUUAGGAGGUUGAUCCAGCAUACACUGCGCACUUCCUAGAUUAACUCCCUUUCAACUGGAGCAAACAAACUUAACUGUGGUCCCAAAUCUCUAUCCUUCCCUUGGUGUGAUACGCUCUAUUUCUAGCUUCAUAUCUAUUCCAUGUAGAGUAUGGUCUCGUUUAGGGUCCUUUAAACUCAUUUUUUAAGUGAUUGUUGUCUCAAUUAUGGCACUUCCAUUUUGCACUGUCUUUCAGAGAUUUAAGAGAAAUUUCUAUUUGCUUUUUUCCCCUUUCUUUUGCAUCCAAAUGUGCCUGAACUUUUAAGAUAUGUAAAUGCUGCCAUGUUCCAAACCCAUCUUUAGUGUCUUUGUACAGAGCUGUUCACCCUGGAAAUAACAUGAACUCCCAUGAGAAGGUGCCUAAGACAUGGACCCCUUUGCAUUCACGGAGAGGUCAUUGGUCAUCGAGACUUGAAUUCAUAAGUGACAUUAUGCCAGUUUCUGUUCUUUCACAGCUUACAGACAAUGCUCUUUAUGCUCUACAUAUUUUUCAGUGUAGGGCUCUUGUUUUCGGAGGCAAGGCACAGCAUCCAGCUGUGUUUGAUGGACGGAUACACUCUUCUACUGAUGCGCACUGCUAUUGGUGUGGUCCCGUUUUGUCGUAGCUUUGCUUUGUUUAAUGAAACACACUUGUAAGCCUCUUUUGCACCUUGAAACAGUAAAGAAUCCAGUGGGAUGCUCAAGCACCUGUAAACCAUCUUCUCAAUGUAUUUGAUGUUCAAAUAAAAAAUAAA